AAAUAACAAUAAUAGAAGGGGAGAGAGCUUAUCUUCUUCUUGAAUCGUAGCUGACUGAGCGAACUCUACGAACACACUCUGAACAUGAUGAACCUUUCAAUUGCUUCGCCUUCGAGCGUUGCUAUACCUGCAAAGUUUCUUAGCUCGACCUCCAAAUCAUCCUUCAAUGGCCUUCAAAUCCGUUUCCCAUUUUCGUGUCGCGUUCCUCCUAAAGCAGCAUGUACCGGAGGCCGCAAUUCGCCGGUGGUAAUGAUGGCCAAGAGGGAGGAGGAGUUGAAAGAUAUCAGAGCGAAAACUACUGAGGAAAUAAACGAAGAGGUCGUCGAUCUCAAGGGUGAACUUCUUAUGCUUCGGCUUCAAAAAUCAGCCCGCAAUGAGUUUAAGUCUAGCGAAUUCCGCCGCAUGCGCAAACGGAUUGCUCGGAUGCUAACCGUAAAACGUGAAAGAGAGAUUGAAGAGGGAGUGGGCAAAAGGUUGUCAAGAAAGUUAGAUAGAAAGUGGAAGAAAAGUAUUGUGGUCAGACCACCUCCAUCUCUGAAGAAGUUGCGAGAGGAAGAAGAAGCAGCUGAGAAAUCUGCUUGAUCCAAUCAGAUACGCUCUCAACCAAUAUUGUAGCUUUAUGAGUGUUUGAAGUUGUUGAAAUUGCUAUUUAAACAACGUUUUAUAAGAAGAUGAAAAUUCUGAUCAUGAACUUAGCUUGUGCACAAAUGGAAUAGAGAUUUCAAGGGGAUCGUGUUG